CUCUCAGUCUAGCGCUGAGUCUGUGUGCGAGCGCUGAGCUUUACGGAGAGAGAGAGAAAGAGAGUGGAGCGCCUGGGGCUUCACCGCGCGUUACUUGAGUUCAGUCUCAGCUGAGUUACUAUUUAAAACACUCUGAGAGGAAACACACACACAACAUCUAGGAGAUAAACAGCCAGCCACACGCACUUCAAACUGAUUGAGCGACUAUAGUGAAGACUCAUGGUGCUCUCCUGAGGCUGUGACUGAUUCAGCAGGAGAGAUGUGAUCACCGUGUGACUUAUUGAACACGCACACACACACACACCUGCUUCAUCCUCAGGUGGCGUUCAGGAGGACUGGACUGCUGAAAAAGCUGUGUUAAACCGGAGGCCAAGGGACUGCAUACGAAACAUGGACUACUUGUGGUGGAUUGUACUGCUGAUUUGGACGCUCAUCGCGCCUGAAAGAGGAACCGUUGCGCAGAGGACCAAGAGUAACGUACCCCGGCUUAAACUCUCCUAUAAAGAAAUGCUGGAGUCCAACAACCUGCUCACGUUCACCGGAUUGGCCAACAGCUCUGCCUAUCACACCUUUUUAUUGGAUGAGGAGAGAGGUCGGCUUUUUGUGGGGGCAAAAGAUCAUGUGCUUUCCUUCAACUUGGUGGACAUCAACAUGGACCAGCAACUGAUUUCCUGGCCUUCUUCACCUUCUCGAAGAGAUGAAUGCAAGUGGGCCGGGAAAGAUGUCCAGAAGGAGUGUGCGAACUUCAUAAAGGUCCUGCAGCCAUUUAAUCAGACACACCUGUAUGCGUGCGGGACUGGAGCCUUCCAUCCCGUCUGUUCACAUGUGGAAGUGGGCAAACGUUCAGAGGACAACCUUUUUCGGCUUGGGUUGAGCUUUGAAAACGGCCGCGGAAAGAGCCCGUAUGACCCCAAACUGCAGACGGCGUCCACGCUGAUCGAUGGGGAACUGUAUGCUGGGACAUCAGCUGACUUCAUGGGCCGGGACUUUGCCAUUUUCCGAACUUUAGGCAAACACCAUCCCAUCAGAACAGAGCAGCACGACUCCAGAUGGCUCAACGAUCCUAGAUUUAUCAGCGUCCAUCUCAUCCCUGAGAGCGACAACCCCGAAGAUGACAAGAUUUAUCUGUUCUUCAGAGAAAACGCCAUUGAUGGAGAGCAAAUCAGCAAAGCCACACAUGCCAGAAUCGGACAGCUGUGUAAGAAUGACUUUGGAGGCCACAGGAGUUUAGUGAACAAAUGGACCACCUUUCUGAAGGCCCGUUUAGUCUGCUCAGUUCCUGGCCUCAACGGCAUCGAUACACACUUUGAUGAACUGCACGACGUGUUUCUCAUGAGCUCCAAGGAUCCUAAAAACCCCAUUAUCUAUGCUGUAUUUACAACAUCCAGUAAUAUUUUUAAGGGUUCGGCGGUCUGCAUGUACAGUAUGGCAGAUAUCAGGAGAGUGUUUUUGGGCCCAUAUGCCCACCGUGAUGGACCCAAUUACCAAUGGGUACCAUUUUUGAGUAGAGUACCAUAUCCAAGACCUGGCACGUGUCCCAGCAAAACGUUUGAUGGUUUUGAAUCGACAAAGGACUUUCCUGAUGAUGUCAUCACGUUUGCCAGAAGCCAUCCGGCCAUGUACAACCCAGUAUUUCCAAUCAACAACCGUCCAAUUAUAAUCAAAACUGAUGUGGACUACCAGUUCACUCAGAUAGUGGUGGACAGGGUUGAAGCAGAGGAUGGCCAGUAUGAUGUCAUGUUUAUUGGCACUGACAUGGGCACAGUUCUUAAGGUGGUUUCCAUCCCAAGAGGAACAUGGCAUGACCUUGAGGAAGUCCUGUUGGAGGAGAUGACUGUGUUCAGAGAGCCAACUGCUAUUACUGCCAUGGAGCUUUCCACAAAACAGCAACAGCUCUAUCUUGGAUCCGCCAUCGGGGUUUCUCAGAUGCCUCUGCAUCGCUGUGACGUCUAUGGGAAGGCCUGCGCUGAAUGCUGCCUGGCACGUGACCCUUACUGCGCAUGGGAUGGCUCUCAGUGUUCCCGAUACUUCCCAACGGCUAAGAGGAGAACGAGGCGUCAGGACAUCAGGAACGGAGACCCGCUGACUCAAUGCUCGGAUCUGCAACAUCACGAUGAGGCAGAUGGCGAGACGGGCUUGCUGGAUAAGACUGUGUAUGGAGUUGAAAACAGCAGCUCUUUUCUGGAGUGCAGUCCUAAAUCUCAGCGUGCCCUCAUUUACUGGCAGUUUCAGAGACACGGGGAGGACCACAAACUAGAGAUAAAGUCAGAUGAGAGGGUGUUGGGCACAGAACAGGGUCUUCUCAUCCGAAGCCUCCAUCAGAAGGACUCAGGUGUGUAUUACUGCCAUGCCGUUGAGCACGGCUUCAUCCAGACCCUCCUUCGUCUCACUCUCAACGUCAUUCCUGCCGAACACCUGGAUGAUCUACUGCACCGAGACCCACCAGACACCAGUGAUCCCGCCAACGGCAAGAUGUGGUAUCGCGACUUUCUGUCCCUCAUCAACCCGCCGAGCCCCAACAGCGUUGAUCAGCUCUGCGAACAGGUGUGGAAGAGAGAACGCAAACAACGCAGACAGAAAGCCAAUCUGCUGCACGCCAGCCAAUCACACACCAGCCAGAUCCUCCACUCCAGCCAAUCACACGCCACUAAGUGGAAGCUGCUACAGGAAAACAAGAAAGGACGCAACCGCAGGACCCACGAGAUGCAGCGGGCGCCGAGAAGUGUGUGACAUGGACACCAAAUAUAUAUAUAUAUAUAUAAAACUUCUGCUGUUCUACAGACAGACCAAUUGGACUGCAGACAGGAAAUGGGGAAUUUCACUUCCUGUCAUGUUUGUGUGCAAGAGAGAUGAACCUUCAUUCACACUUAGUAUGUAUUGAGACUCAAACUGCUUUGAGAGGACGUGAGGAUGCCUGUAAAUAUGACAUAAAUACAAAACCAUACUGUGAAACAGGUUUCAGUCCAUAUAAGAGCCUGUUUCAUUUAUGAGGGAAAAAACAUGGAUGCUGAAAACCACUGUUUAACCUCUGUUUAGCUGAAGCACAACCCCAGUGCAUUCUGGAUUAUGACCUUGUCUGUAAUAUUAUGUGUAUAGAGUGUUUUGACCUUAGUUAAACUGGAUAGGACACCCAAAAAUGAAAAUGUACUCACCACUGCUUCCAACACAGGCUCAUUCUGAAAACGUAGCCCUAUAUAAGUUUCUGCCAGAAAGACUUUAGGAGGCAGAUAAACGUUUUAACAUUUAUUGUAAAUUGUUUGGAUAAAUGUAAGUUCCUUACUGUCCUUUCAUAAAGUCCUUUGGCGUAAGCCCCAUCUA